AUGAAAUUGCAAGUACCACCAGUGUUCGCUGAUGAUGGCAAAACGUAUAGGAACUAUGAGGAAAACCCAAUGAAUCGAAUCCAGGAACGGGUCAAAAAUCAUUAUUACAACCAGCAUCGACUACAAACAGUGGAGUUCGUCGACGAAAUGCAUCGCAAAUGGUUAUCGUUCGAUCAUGCUACGAUGACUAUCAUGGAAGCCCUGAGCAUGCUAGCGGAUUUUCUAGAUGAAAGUGAUCCUGACGUCGACGAGGCAAAUCUGGUCCAUGCCUACCAGACUGCUGAGAGACUACGCGAAUCCCAUCCAGACAAGCCGUGGAUGCAUCUAGCUGGACUGGUACACGAUUUGGGCAAAGUGAUGAGUGUCUGGGGAGAGGAGCAGUGGGCGGUCACAGGUGAUACCUAUCCUGUCGGCUGUGCACCGUCAGACACAAUAGUCUUUGGAAUCGACAGUUUUGAAGGAAAUCCGGAUCUACAGAACCCCAAAUACAACACUGAAUUCGGAAUGUACAGUGCCGGAAUUGGGCUCGAAAAUCUGAAGAUGUGCUGGAGUCAUGAUGAGUUUAUGUAUCAAGUAUUAGUCAAUCAUGGAUCCACUUUACCUGAAGAGGCUCUUUAUGCCAUUCGCUUCCACUCGUUCUAUCCUUACCAUGCUCACAAUGCCUAUCGACAAUUCAUGAACGAGAAAGACCGCCAACUUGAAAGUGCAAUAAUGGAACUGAAUAGUUGCGAUUUGUACUCGAAAAACGAUGAGAAGCCGGAUAUCGAAGAAGUGAAGCCUUACUACCAAUCACUGAUUGACAAAUAUAUCCCUGGAAAAGUGAAAUGGUAG